CAUAGUCCAUACCCUUCUCUCUCUUUCUCCUUCUCACUCUAGCUUCACUCAUAGCCCACAAUCAAUUUCACAGAAACCACAACCAUGGGGGUGGUGUUGAUCACCGUUGUAGCUACUUUGUUCUUCGCCAUUGUUGUUGAUUCGUGCUUACCAACAGACCUGGCAGCACUCGAAGCCGUCAAGGCCUCACUCACCGAGUCCAAACUCGGCCUCUUCAACACAUGGUCCGGCACCGACUGCUGCCGCAACUGGCACGGCGUCAGCUGCGACCCUUCUACUCGCCGUGUCGUUGACGUCAACCUCCGCGGCGAGUCUGAGGAUCCCAUUCUCUCCAAGUCCGGCCAGUCCGGCUUUAUGUCCGGCUCCAUAGCCCCCGAGAUUUGCAACCUCGACAGCCUCACCACCCUCGUCCUCGCCGACUGGAAGGGACUCGCCGGCGAGAUCCCACAAUGCCUCACCUUCCUCUCUUCUCUCCGUGUCUUCGACCUUACCGGAAACAAAAUCUCCGGCCCUAUUCCCACCGAUAUUGGCAAGCUGAAGAUGCUCAGAGUCCUCAACCUGGCUGACAACCAGAUCUCCGGCGAGAUUCCAGCCAGCAUCAUAAAUCUCGCGGGGUUAAUGCACCUUGACCUCAGCAACAACAAACUCUCCGGCGAAAUCCCAUCGGGUAUUUCAAACAUGAAGAUGUUGAGCCGGGUAUUGCUCAGCCGGAACCAGCUCACCGGAUCUAUCCCGUCGUCCAUCGGCAACAUGCGUCGCUUAGCUGAUCUAGACCUGUCCCAGAACCAGAUCUCGGGUUCGAUACCGGAAAGCCUCGGAAAUAUGCAGGUGCUUUCGACACUAAACCUGGACGGAAACGCACUUUCAGGCGGGUUACCUUCGACCUUAUUAAGCAACAAUGGUUUGGGAAUUCUGAACUUAAGCCGGAACAGCAUUGAGGGUAACAUCCCGGACGUGUUCCACGGAAACUCUUACUUCAUGGUUCUAGAUUUAUCGUACAACAAUUUGAAAGGCAAGAUACCAGGGACGCUGUCGUCGGCCAAAUAUGUCGGACACCUGGACCUGAGCCACAAUCAUCUGUGCGGGAACAUUCCGAUGGGUGAUCCCUUCGAUCAUAUGGACGCAUCGUCGUUUACCAACAACGAUUGUCUCUGCGGGAAUCCGUUGAGUACUUGUUAAUCGAUCAUAAGUUAAUAGUACGUACAUUAACGUUGUACUCCGUUGGGCUCCAAAAUUCCGGGAAAUGUACGAGGGUUUGAUUUGUGUAAUUGUGUAUUAUUAUUAUUAUUAUUAUUAUUAUUAUUAUUAUUAUUAUCAUUCGUGACAAGUGAAGAAUCAAAAUUUAAAUACUUAUGCUUCUGUAAUUUCUCUCGGAGUUGAAAGACAAAGAUAAGGCAGAUCAGAUGCAUGCACGUGAAAAUUAUAGCAUAGAGAGAGAGAGAGAGUUAGUUAAGUGAGCGAACAUAUUCGCCCUACUUGGUUUGUAUUCUCUCAUGAGAAUUUCAUCAAUUAUGAAGAGCAUACUUAUCUU